UUUCGGUCAUUGUUGUGGUCGUGGACAUUUUGACAUUUCGUCCUGAAAUGCAACCUUGUGUUGCUUCGUUCCAAUUUCAAAUUGUCGUCGCAGUGCUCCUCGUCGUAUGGAGCCCGAUCGGUGGUCUGUCAAACCGCAGCGCAUGAUAUCGUACUUGUCGGUCGUGCGAACGGUAUUACGUUUCUGUACCUCCUCAUUUCCUCGUCGAACUGCAAAUCUUUAUGAAGAAGCACGCAUUUCGAUUUCCACGCCAAGCAAAGACCGAGACGUGCUUCAAUCAUAAAAAUAUCUUCACUGUGCACAGGAGAAUCUUCCGCUGCCCCCAGUAGCGUGAAGGAGCUACUCAAAUUGAACGUAUGAUCGUAACCCUUGUCGAGCUCGAACCGGUUGUACCUCCUCAGAGUAAGUUAUAGAAGAUGACUCUCAUUUUCACCUACAUCUCCCCGUGUCUGUACACGACUUUCACGGUAAUUCUAGCUCUCCCCCUACUCCUCUUGAUCGCUCUCCUUCUCGCCAUCCCGUUCACACACGUGAAAAACCGUUUUUCUGCGUUGAAAAAGGUGUCGAAGGACACGCUCAAUGCGGUCCCCGGGAGAACCUAUUCGUAUCUUUAGAAGUGGACGUCGUGUAUGCCUGAACUAGUACCUGAGCAGGAGCAGCUGCCCAGGAGGAUGCAGGAGCAGGCGGCGGGUUCUGGUACUGUUGAGCCAAUCGCUGUUGACGAACGAAUCUUGCGACCACAUGAGUUGGGUGGCGCGGCUGCGGGCACCAGUCUUGGGAGCAAUGUUUCCACAAGACGCACGACUUCUUCGCGACAAAACAGUAGUUCGACAGCAGCGGCAUUCGGCGCCUUCAGCAAGCAGAUCAAGGACAUCGUCCCGGUCCCGGGUGUGGCGGAAAGUCUGGAAGUGUUCGCUUUUUUAGGCGAAUACAGUGUGGUGUGCAUCCAAGAUGCUAUUACGGCGGAAAGAGAACAACGACCCGUGGUUGGCAAAAGGGCGCGUCCAGUGAGUCCGAGUGUUCUUGAAGGCUCGCAAGGUCGUGUGACUGAUCUUCAUGGCAACCCGAACGAGCCAGUGGCCGACGAACAUGACAUUGUCAUUGCAGCUGUUCAACCAUCGGACAAGACCGGUGAUGGCGCCUCGGAUUUGGCAGACAUGAAGCAGGGAGAAAAGAUCGGACUGAAGCAAAAGCCCGUGGCAAGAACUUCUGUGCGCCCUGCUGUUGUCUCCAGUUCACCCAGCACACCACCAGCUGCAGGACUACCGGUUGUAGAAGAUGCCUCCGCAAGGUUAGAAGUACCCGUGGUCGCAACAUCAAAACCAUUCGCAGCACCCGAGGCUGUCGUGUCUGUGUCACCCCCAGUCGACGUGCAAGAAGAGGCUGACGCUGAAGAGGUAUCUGUGGAUGUCGCGGCGCAGCAAAUGACUCCCGGAACAACUACUCCGGUAACUGUAUUUGAGGAUCCGGAAACGGCCUCUACUGCAGCAAUUGACCUGAAAGAUCCGCCGACGGCUUCCCCGCCUCAAGAAAAAUCAUCUCCAAUGAAGAUACCCCAGUCAGCGCCCGUUUUGUCGAAGAACCACGCGAAACAGGAACCCGCGUCCGUGUCCGCGCAAGCACAGGAGCCGCGACUAUCCUCGCAGCGGGGGGAGACAGACAAAGACAACAACAACAUCGACCCGAGCAUGCCUUUUCUUCCCGACAACGCGACGGAAGAGGAAAAAGAGGCGUACAAUCGCCAGUUGCAAGCGAAAUUAAACAAGAAAUUGCAGUUAUCGAAGCUGAAGCCGACGCGGGGGUCGGUUGCGGACCGGUACGUGUCCAGUGUGGCGGCGAAAAACAAGGAACAGGUAGAGAAAACGCCGCACCGGAGGACGGACGAUGGAGAAUUUCUGAAGGUGGAAUUGGAGAGGACGCCGCGGUAG